UCGCUAUUAUAAGAUCCCCCCGUUUCCCCUCCUCUUCCUUCCACCGUCGCAGUCCAGCAGAGGUCGCACUCGGAAGCAGCUGGAUUGGAUUAAUUGGGGUCGGUGCGGCUCGGGAGGAAGCUUUCCGGCGAGAUGGCGGAGGAGAAGAGCGCAUUGCAGUCGGCCAGGGAGUGGGUCGUCGACCACAAGCUCCGGGCCGUCGGGACGCUGUGGCUGAGCGGGAUCGUUGGCUCCAUCGCCUACAACUGGUCCAGGCCCGGUAUGAAGACCAGCGUCAAGAUCAUCCAUGCCAGGCUACAUGCUCAGGCUCUGACACUGGCUGCCUUGGCUGGGUCCGCACUGGUGGAGUACUAUGAUCAUCAGCAAGGAUCAGGAUCAAAGGUUCACCAAUAUGCGAAGCAGUUCAUAUCAUCUGACGGCAGCUCACAAAACAAGUAGGCAGCAAGGUUGGGUUAGGCAUGGGUGACGAAUUAGCAGCAGUGAGACAUGGAACGGGUCGGAUGCUAUUUGUUAUACUCCGAUCAAAUAAUUUGCCUGUGACAUUCUGUGGGAACUUCUGAAAACUUUGCCUGCUGAUGGGCUGCCACUUUUUCUAUGUAAGCUACUGAAUCAGCAUUUCAGAUGAUGUGAUAUGCUGAAUUGCUGAUAGCAGAUGUUCCCUGAAUGUCUUGAAUGGAAUGGCUUUCAUCUGCUGCUGGUAAUUUGCGGCAAACUCUUGUCGACUGUGUUUUUAA